CCGUUUCAAAAUUGACGGAAAUCCAGUUGAAUUAAGUCACGUGCGCGGCGAGAAUACGCAAACACUGUUACGUCGUCAUUUUUUCAUCUUCCUUCUCCGGCAUCCAUAUCAUCUUCUCUCAAUUCUCCUUUCAAAACCCUAGAUUCUUCCACAACUUAGGGUUUCAUCCUCAUUCUCACACAAUCAUCACUCAACACUUCACACAAAUUCCUCAAAGAUCGAUGCAUUAACUUCACACACCAACCAGAAUCACACCUCUACUCCUGCCGUUGAUUCUUCUCCAACCGUUAAUGGCGAUUUCGGAUGCAGUAGAGUUUACGCAAUCAGUAGUUAUCGGUCUCAUUGUUUCGUUUCUUCUCGCGAAGCUUUUCUCCAUCGUCUUCUCUUCCGGCGACGAAAACCUCAUUUCCACCGCCAGAAAUCCUAACGGAACCCUACCGGACGUUUUUUCACCGGAAAACCGUCGGAAAUUAGCGGAAAAUGAUAAACGAUCAGAGGCGGAGGUUUCUAAGAAGCGGAUUACUGGUGGCGAACAGGAGAAGAAUAAGACUGUGGUGACUGGUGGUGGUGGCGAUAUCGAUGAUGAUUGGGAAGGUGUGGAGACGACGGAGUUAGAUGCGGCGUUUUGUGCGGCGACGGAGUUUGUGGCGGCGAUUGCAGCGGAUCGGUCGGUGCAGAAGGUUUCGAAUGAUUUGCGGUUGAAGUUGUAUGGAUUGUAUAAGGUUGCGACUGAUGGUGCUUGUGGAGUUCCGCAACCGUCUGCUAUUAAGAUCACUGCGCGAGCUAAGUGGAAUGCAUGGCAUAAGCUAGGUGCUAUGUCUUCAGAAGAAGCAAUGAAGAAGUAUCUUGAGAUUAUUACUGAGCUGUACCCUAGUUGGGCUGAUGGUUCAACUUUUAUGAGAAGUGGUGGAGGUAAUAAUGAGACAUCCAGUAAGGAUACUACACCAAUGGGACCAGAUUUUAGCUCUUUUGUGCAUGAGGAAGAGUUUAAAUUGGAUGCUAUACAUGACUAUGCAAAAGAAGAUCAAAAGGCUUUGCAUUCGGCUGUUGGUUAUGACCAAACUGAUGUUGCAGAGAUAAUAUCGAGCAGGACUGCUGAUAUAAACCUGAAGGAAAUUGAAUGCCAAAGCCCCUUGCAUCAUGCUGCUGCUGUUUGUGAGCCCGAUGACACUGAUGUGAAGAAAAAUGCUGCAGGCAGUGAUGAUGAUGAUGAUGAUGAUGAUGAUGGAACUGUGUAUCCAUCUGAUCUGUCUUCAAACUGGCAAUCAAUCCAACCCUAGAUAGUCCCCCAUAAAAAUACUAAUGAUCUCUGAUUCAUGUGUACAGACUAGAUAUUUCCCACAAGUCUUCUGAUCAUAACAAUCAUUUGGUCGUUUUGAUACUUUUAUUUCUUAAACAGACCGAAAGUCAAACCAAAUUGAUACGCUUUAUAAACGUAUUGAAUCUGUUACGGCUGUU